UAAAUUUUUAACUUCAAUAAUAGCCUUACAUUCACAAAAUAUCAAGUUUUUAAAAACAAAGGGCUAUGCGGAGAUCCCUGUCGAAGGGACUCCAUAGAUUAUUCCUGCAUAUGCAAGUUUAUCCACUUAAGCUAUAUAAUGAGAAGUUCAUUGCCAACAUUUCCACAUAUAACAAUGUUAAUCAUAUCAAUAAAAUUCCUGAACAUGUUGAAUCUUGGUCCACUCUUAUCUCAACCAUUGCCCAAGCUCGUGCCUCUGGUAAAGAGUUGGCAUUGUACAAGGCCUCUAAAUUGCUCAACUCUUCUAACAUUCAACCUACUGGCUAUGAUCUUGUUCACCUUGUUCGAGCUUCUACGGACCUGGGUCUUGACUCUUAUUGCCGACAGCUUCAUUGCUACAUUUUAAAAUCUGGGUUUGGUGCCGAUGUGUCUGUAUCCACUACUUUAUUAAGGUUUUUUAAAGUUAAAGAGUCAGUAAAUGAGGCCCAUAACCUGUUUGUUGAAAUGCCUCAACCAAAUGUAGUUUCUUGGAAUACUUUAAUUUCUACGUAUGUGCAAUCUGGACAGUUUAGGACAGCAUUGGGUUUACUUGUUCAGCUUGAUGGGUCUGGUAUUUGUCCGGAUGCGUACUCUUUCACGGUGGCUCUAUCCGCUUGUGGCCAGUUAAGUCUGUUGCAUCUUGGCAGCUCAAUACACUGUAAGAUUGUGAAAUUUGGCAUGGAAUGUGGCGUUUUUGUCGGGAAUUGUUUGAUUGAUAUGUAUGGGAAAUGCGGUUCUGUUGAGGAGGCAGUUCGGGUUUUUGAUGAAUUGAUUGAUAAGGACAUUAUUUCUUGGAAUUCCAUAAUUGUAGCAAGUGCAAGAAAUGGAAAUCUUGAAUUGGCAAACAAUUUUUUCUAUCAAAUGCCUGAGCGAGAUGUUAUCUCAUACAAUGAAAUGAUCAAUGGCAUUGCUCAGUUUGGCAAUAUAGAGGAUGCUAUUGAAAUGUUAUUGAAUAUGCCGAAUCCAAACUCGUCUUCUUGGAAUUCGAUCAUAACAGCUUGUGUUAACAGGAACCAAGCGCGAGAAGCAUUAGAGAUUUUCACUAAAAUGCAUAAUAAUGAUUUUAAAAAGGAUGAAUAUACUUACUCAGUUCUUUUGAGUGGUGUUGCUGGUCUUGCAGCUUUGAAAUGGGGAAUGCUGAUUCAUUGUUGCACGAUAAAGGGAGGUUUUGCUACUUCUGUGGUUGUAGGUAGCGCUUUGAUUGACAUGUACUCGAAAUGUGGACAAGUAAAGAAUGCUGAGUUAGUGUUUAGAUUGUUGGAUGAAAGAAAUUUGAUAACAUGGAAUGCAAUGAUCUCAGGUUAUGCUCACAAUGGCGAUUCGAAUAAAGUGAUUCAACAAUUCGAGGAAAUGAGAACCGUUGAAGGUUUGAAUCCUGACGAUGUCACUUUUCUUAAUGUAAUUUCCGCAAUCUCGAAUACUGAGGCUCCGUUGCAGAAGGGAAUUCAAUACUUUGAAUUAAUGAUCAAUGAUUACGGAAUCAAACCGACUGUUGAGCAUUGCUGUUCGAUGAUUAGGCUCAUGGGACAAAGAGGGGAUGUUGACCAGGCAAAGAGAAUGAUUUAUGAACUAGCUUUCGGGUCGUAUGGAACGGUUUGGAGGGCUCUGCUUGGUGCUUGUGGAACGUGUAGGAAUUUAAAAGUGGCGAGGAUUGCCGCAGCGAAGGUGAUUGAAUUGGAAGGUGAUGAUGAAUAUGUGUAUGUUAUGAUGUCCAACAUAUUUGCAUCGUAUGGCAAAUGGAAUGAGGUGGGCAAGGUGAGAAGGAUCAUGUGGGGUAAAGAGGUCAGAAAAGAAGUUGGCUGUAGUUGGAUAGAGGUUGAAACUUGAAAGGCCAGUGUCUUAAAAACCAAACCAGUGGCCCAUGUGGCUAGCGGUUCCAGGUUCAAACGGUUUUACCGGUUGAAUAAAUUGUUAGGCCUAGCGUAAAUGGUAUGUUUCUCUUAGUAAUUUCCAUAGCCCAACAUUAGAAAUUGAAGGUAAAAUUCUCAAAUCCAAAGAAUUCAAGGCAAAAUUGCGUAAUAUCUAGAAAUUCAAGAUAAAAUUGCCAAUAGUAAGAAAUUGGUCGGUUUAACCAGUUUUCUGAUUCAGUCCAGUGCUGCUGCCCAAUCCGGUUGGACUGAACUUUCGGUUCUUUGGUGUAAGUUGGACAAACACCAGGCCAAUUGGACCGGCUGUUCUAGUCCGAUUUUUCAAUCACUGCUACCCCCUACUUCAUUCAUGUUAAAUAGCCACGUCAGUUGUGACACUAGCAGCACCUCCACAUCCACUGAUUUUCGUAAUGAACUAUAGGAAGAG